UCAUGGAAGAUAACAAAGUCAACACAAAAUAAGUUAGGGUUCACAAUAGGAGAACCUUUUGUGUGCAGAGUUUACACAAAAACAAACUACUGUAAUCUUGUGAUUCCCAGGCUUUAUAGUCAGGGGAUAACAAACUGUGUUAACUCUGCACACAAAAGGUCCUCCUGAACCCUGACUUUGUUUCACUUUGGCAUUUAUGUAGCCUAAAAUUUUUCCUUUUGCAAUAAUACAUCGAUGGUUGUUGGUUGGAUUCUGCAUGAAUAAAUAUUAGGCUUUUAGAUGGAAGUUUUGAAAACUAAUUCAGACCUAAAUUUCCAAAAGGUAAUGCUCUUUUCAAAACCAUCAAUACAGUUGGAGUUUUCCCAAUAAAAAAAUGUACGAGCUUUUUUAGUUAACUCAUGGAAAAGUGGGAGAUGCUAUUGCGAAUUUGCAAGAAAAUAAGCCUUAUUUGAAUAUGCAAUCCUCAUUGUCCAAAAACUCUAUCAAUUCUACGGAUUCUUCAGUUUUCAGUAAAAGAACUUCAUUUUUCGUUUUUCCUAUUCCGUUUUUUUUUGGGGGGGGGGGGGGGGGUCGAAACUGCCUUCUAUAUGACAUACAGGAGAACUGCCGGCUACCCUGCAUAGGGAUCUGUGUUUUACCAGCUUUUGAAGGAGCGUGGGCUGCUGCCUGCAAGCAGGGGGCAUCUACGGUUCUCGUACCACCAGAACUAGAGUUCCUUGUUGGGCCAAUCUCGUUCUCUGGGCCUUACUGCAAACCAAACAUUAUCUUCCAGCUGGAAGGAACAAUUCUAGCUCCAACCGGUGCUAAAGCCUGGGGUUCUGGCUUGCUCCAAUGGCUUGAGUUCACCAAACUAAACGGAAUAGUAAUUCAAGGCAAUGGCAUCAUCAACGGAAGAGGGCAACAGUGGUGGACCUACUCAGACCCAGAUGAUGAGGAUGAUGAUGACACGCAGUACAAUGUGGAGCUUGAUAGAAUGCCACAGAUCAAACCUACAGCAUUGAGGUUCUAUGGUAGUUUCAAAGUUGUGGUAGCUGAUAUCACUAUUAUCAACAGCUCACAGUGCCAUCUUAAGUUCGACAACUGUCAAGAAGUGAUGGUCCAUGAUGUGACUAUAUCCUCCCCUGAGAACAGUCUCAACACUGACGGAAUACACCUGCAGAACUCCAAAGAUGUCAGCAUUCAUCAUACAAACUUGGCUUGCGGUGACGAUUGUAUCUCCAUCCAGACAGGAUGCAGCAACAUAAAUAUACACAACGUGAAUUGUGGACCAGGCCAUGGAAUCAGCAUAGGUGGACUAGGCCGGGACAACACAAAAGCAUGUGUUUCAAAUGUUACUGUAAGAGAUAUCAACAUGUUCAGAACCACGACUGGCGUCAGAAUCAAGACCUGGCAGGGUGGUAUAGGAUUGGUUCAAGACAUAAGGUUCUCAAAUAUACAAGUCUCGGAAGUUCAGAUGCCUAUUAUGAUAGAUCAGUUUUAUUGCGACAGAAGCACUUGUAGAAAUCAAACAUCAGCAGUGGCAGUAUCUGGGGUUCAGUAUGAGAACAUCAGAGGGACAUUUACAAUCAAGCCUGUCCAUUUUGCAUGCAGUGAUAGCUUACCUUGUUCAGGGAUCUCUCUUACCGGAGUGCAACUCAGACCAGUGCAAAUACCCCACUACCACCUAAACAACCCAUUCUGCUGGCAAGCUUUUGGGGAGCUCUACACUCCAACCGUCCCUCCCGUAGCUUGCCUGCAGAUUGGAAAACCCGCUGGGAACAACUUACAAUCAUACCAUGACAUAUGUUGAAACAGUGAAAGUGCAUUCGUCUGCUAAUUGGUGCUUAUCCAUGAGUGGUCGUUGUGAUACUUCCGACCCCUUUGCACCAUUGCUUGGUGGUGUGCAUAUAUACAGUUAUUUUGAGGUCAUUGUUAUUAGCAUUUUAACCUUUUAAUGAAAGCAAACAUUGAAACAUAUAUUUUCAUUCGAAGUAGUCAUACGGCAAGCAUAUGUAUUUGAGUUUUCCAAAAAAUAUGAGUAAACAUGAUGUCAAAAGAUUGGUUGGUUAAGGAAAGGUCAAUAAGUAGAGCUACAGCAAAGGGUCCAAAGGAAAAUGGUAAAUACAUAAUCCUGAACAAUCAAAUUGAUAUGCAGAAAACAGAUUGCUAAGGAUAUAUAAAAGCAAUAGAUUACCACCUUAGUAAAUGUAACGGGAAAAUUACUUGGACCAAAAGAAAAGAAAAUAGUUAUUUAGGGAAACUAGAAAAUGCUUAGAACAAUGAGCAAGUGUAAUAUAGUCAGUUUCUAGUUAACAAGUGCUACCUGUUAUUGCAAUGCACAAAUAUAGUAUUCAAUAAAGAAAAGUAUAUAACAUUUAGGAACAAAAUUAAUGGGUUAAGUGGGAAAUAUUUUGGAAAUUGGUGGAAAAAAUGUUCCAAAGAGAUCAAAAUAGUUGCAGAAUAAUUAUAUGCAGACAUAGGAUGAGUGAUUAACUAGAAUUAGUAGCUGAGUACAUGACAUUCAGAAGUGCACAAUUAUUAAUUAGUAUAUAAAUAACAUGCCUCUGCAUAUAAUAUUUUUUUCUUGUGUUUUCGAGAACCUCAGCUAAACCAGAACAAAGCAGUGUAAAAAUAGUAAAUAUGAAAUAUGGGGAUAACAGGGCCUGGACUGGAUAAGUAAUUUCGCCUUUCUUAAAAAAAACUCGACUGACCUAGGAAGAACUAAGUGACAUUAUAAAUAAGAAGAAAUAGGCACCCAAAUUCGCGUCGAAGAGGACUCUAACCUGGGUGGUCUAGGUAAUUUCCCCAUUCUUAUUGGCAUAUAAUGGGGAGAAAACUGAACGCAGGAUCCAUAACUGUAA